GGGCGGUCGCUCCAGUCGGUGCGCGCGGGGCGGCCGGGUUGCUGCUAUUGCUGCCGCCGCGGAGGGCAGGGAACCGGGAACCGGGAGCCGGGCAGGGGCAGGGGCAGGGCGGCGGGGCCGGAGCCGCCAGCGGUUGUUGGCGGCCGCGCCGUCGGGGCCGCCCCGGUCCGCGCCCGGAGCCUGUAUGGGGCGGCGGCGCUGAGCCCAGCCGCCCCGCUGCCGCCGCCGCCGCCGCCGCGCUCCCGCCCCGGCCCCGCCAUGGCCGAGGCACCGCAGCUGGUGGACAUCGACCCCGACUUCGAGCCGCUGCCGCGGCCCCGUUCCUGCACCUGGCCUCUGCCGCGGCCGGAGUUCAACCCGCCCAGCUCGGCCACCUCCAGCCCGGCGCCGUCGUGCGGCGGGCAGCCCGAGGGGGCGGCCGGGGCCGCGGCCGGGGCCGGUGGUGCCGCCGCCGCCGCCGCCGCCGCCUCGGGAGCGCUCAGCGCCGACUUCAUCAGCAACCUCAGCCUGCUUGAGGAGAGCGAGGACUUCGCGCCGCUGCCCCCCGCCGCCGCCCCCCCGGAGGCGGCCGCCUGCCGCUGCGGGGACUUCCCGGCGCCCGAGGCCGGCUGCCGCCUCCACACGCCGGGACCGCCGCCGGUACCACCGGUACCACCGCCCGUGGCCGGUCUGUCGCCGGGCCCCGUGGCCGGGCAGCCCCGCAAGAGCAGCUCGUCGCGCCGCAACGCCUGGGGCAACCUGUCCUACGCGGACCUCAUCACCAAGGCCAUCGAGAGCUCCCCCGAGAAGCGGCUCACCCUCUCCCAGAUCUACGAGUGGAUGGUCAAGAGCGUCCCCUACUUCAAGGAUAAGGGCGACAGCAACAGCUCGGCCGGCUGGAAGAAUUCAAUCCGUCACAAUCUGUCUCUGCACAGCAAGUUUAUCAGAGUGCAGAAUGAGGGAACAGGGAAGAGUUCCUGGUGGAUGCUCAAUCCUGAAGGAGGAAAGAGUGGCAAAUCUCCUAGGAGGCGAGCAGCAUCCAUGGAUAACAACAGCAAGUUUGCCAAAAGCAGAGGCAGAGCUGCCAAGAAAAAAGCAUCCCUUCAGUCUGGUCAAGAGGGAAGUGGUGACAGCCCCGGAUCACAGUUCUCGAAGUGGCCUGCAAGCCCCAGCUCUCACAGUAAUGAUGACUUUGAUAACUGGAGUACAUUUCGACCUAGAACUAGCUCUAAUGCUAGUACGAUUAGCGGAAGACUGUCUCCUAUUUUGCCAGAGCAAGAUGAUCUUGGAGAUGGGGAUGUGCACUCCAUGGUAUACCCAUCAUCAGCCACCAAAAUGACUUCUACUCUACCCAGCCUUUCAGAGAUGAGUAAUUCUGAGAACAUGGAAAAUCUUUUGGAUAACCUUAAUCUCUUGUCACCUAAUACGUCAAUGACUGUGUCAACCCAGUCUUCAUCUGCUACCCUGAUGCAGCAAACACCAGGUUACUCGUUCGCGUCCUCAACCACAAGCAUAGGUUCACCAAAUCCAGACUACAGGAAAUUUACCUAUGCUCAAGCUAGCAUGCCCCAGAUUCCUAUGCAGACUCUUCAAGACAGUAAAUCAAGCUAUGGAUCCAUGAGCCAAUAUAACUGUCCCGCAGGACUUCUGAAGGAGUUACUGACUUCCGAUUCUCCGCCGCACAAUGAUAUCUUGGCAUCAGUAGACACUGGUGUUUCCCAGGCAGGUGGCAGGGCGCUGGGCCAAAGCGUGUUAAUGGUUGCUAACUCGGUGAUGCCAACUUAUGGCAGUCAACCACCCCACAACAAAAUGAUGAACCCUAAUGCCCGCCCUCACCAAGGGCAUAACCAGCCAACACCUGCAGUUAAUGGUCGUGCCUUGUCACACACAGUGAACACCAUGUCACAUACUUCAGGUCUAAAUCGCUUGUCGACAGUGAAGACUUCGUUACAAGUGCCUAUGAGUCACCCGAUGCAGAUGAAUGCCAUGAACCCAUAUGCCCCUGUUAACAGUUGCAAUGGCUACGGAAGGGUGGGAAUUGUUUCCCUCCACCAGGAGAAGCUUCCCAGUGACUUAGAUGACAUGUUAAUUGAACGGUUGGACUGUGACAUGGAGUCGAUUAUCCGUAAUGACCUUAUGGAUGGAGAAACAUUAGAUUUUAACUUUGACAGUGUAUUGCCUAACCAAAGUUUUCAGCACAGCGUAAAGACAACCACACACAGUUGGGUGUCAGGCUAGGAUGUAGUAGGAGGCUACGGUUAAAUUCUCCAGACUUGUCUGACAGCAGGAACUGAGAAAAGCAGUACAAAGAUGUCCUUCACCUUCCUUUUUAAUUUUCUUGACAAAACUGUGCACAUGCACUGGGUUUUUUGGGGGUCUUUUUUUUCCUUUUUUCUUCCUUUCGUCAGAGUUGGCAGCAGACAGAGUAUUUUCCUGUACAGGAUGUUUGCCCAAGGUUUGCAGGUUAUGUGCUGCUGUAGAUAAGAACUGUGCCAUUGGAAAUUUCAUUACUCUGAAGUGCCAAAUUCACUACACCAUAUAAUCACAGCAAAGACUCUUACAUCAUGUUGUGCUUUCGGUUUUGUACAGUAUGAUCUGUAGAAGAAGAAUUGUUUUUUAAGACUAUCUAUCUGUUUUGGUCCAAGAAAAGUUUAUAAACUUUUGUAAGAAUACUGUGAUGAUCUCAUGCCCUAAGUAAGUUUAACCUUCAUUGAUGUUACCUGUGUUCUUAUGAAUUGAGAUAACUGUGGACUUGCCUUGCAGCAGUAUAAACUGCAUUAUUUUACUCAAAAUUGCCACACAUUUCAUAUGGGAACAGAAUAGCCUGUUAAAUAUGAUCCUACUAAACUCACUGACUAUUCACAGCAAACAGUAGGUUAAAUGCCAUUGAUAAGUUACCUGUAUUCAUGUAAAUUUAUGCAAGUAUAUAUCUGGAUUUCAUUGUCAGACUAAUACUUUAUUGUUGGACUUAAGAUAAUUUUUGGAAUACUUUCCAAGCUAUUUUUCUUAUAAUUAAAGUCUACUUUUGUUACAUAGGCAACUUAAAAAAAAAUAAAUCUGAGAUCGGCAGCAUUCACAACCUCUUCAUUUUGUACAGUAUUUUAACUGGAUUAAGUACAUGUUUUUAUAAAUUUCCCUAGCACUUGGGAGUGCUAAUAAAGGAAAAGCUUAAUAAGUAUCUUGAAUACAAAACAUUUCUGUCCCUUUUUUUUUCUUGUGUGAUGUAUAAAUAUAGACAACUUUAUGUUUAGGAAAUAUUUAAUCAGUUUUAUAUAUGCAUUUUUAGAAGUGUCAUCUGCUUCUACUAUCAUUUUAACUCUGACUACCACAAAGUGUUAAGUAUUCAUUGUUAGAUGCUUGUACAAUGCUUCACAUUUAUAUUUAUUUCAUGGAGGUCUCAUAAUGUUUGUGCACUCAAGAGCAGGACCUUUUGGAGAAAAUCCAUAAUUUUAGAAAAAAUAAUGACAAAAUUGUCAUUUGUCUUAAUUAGCACUAGUUUUAGGGUCUGUCAGUGUUCCUGUUGUAAUGCAGUAUGUUUGAAGAGGCACAAGUGCUACUUUUCAGUGGGAGGCUAAAACUUUUGUGACCCCACAGGGCAAAACAUUACUCUUUUUUUUUUUUUAAAUAAGAAAGAUAAAGUAAGUGGCAAAGUUAUACAAAUACGCAAGCUUUAGGGUAGGAGAGAGCAUUAAUGAUAAAGGCCUUGUUCCUGUGGAAAACCUGCUCUUGUUGGAGUAUGCACAGCGACAGCUACCUGAGCAUUUUUGGGAUUGGGUCUUGGAUAAAUGUUUUCUGAUUUUUUUGUAAUCACAUAAUGCGGUUUUCAUGGAUCUGUGGAUAAUGGGCCUCACCUGUGUUAUAGAAGUCCUUGGAGCUUUUUUGUGUACUGACAGGAUGAACAGUUUCUGUGCUAGGACUGGCUGUUGUGAAGAAGGGGAGAAAUAAAUAUUAUUCACUGAUUUUUGUUUUGUCUAUGUAGCCCACAACUGGAAAAUGUUCUAAUUGAAACAUAUGUUCCCUGUAGUGAUUGCAUGUGGUGGAGAAAGGAAUGGGAUGUGCCAAGAAAAUGAAGUUUAGUAGCAAGCCAUAUAUUUAAUGAUCCUGUUAUGAUUUUUCUAAGGCUCUGCAAUGUAUUUAUUGAUGUGCUAGCAUUUAGCUCCCUGUUGGGCUUAAAUCACUACUAAUUACAGCUGGUCCUACUUUUUGUAGAUAUCUUAUUAUAGUUGUCAGCAGUUCCAGAGGUUGAUGUAAAGCUGUCCUGUGAUAGAGGAUCUCCCUCAGUGUGAAAUUGGUCUUUGAACUUCUGUUGAGCAAAAUUAAAUGUUUUUAGUGCUGAAGCCUCAAUGAAGCCUCCUGCUUUUACAGGCAAAUAUCUCUAAACAUCUUCACCAUCAAUUUCGUAGUGUCUGAGACUUGAUGGUAAAUCCUGGCAGUGGAGCAAGCGGAGAGCUCACAUAUGGGUUUCUGAAGAUCCUUCUUUCUGCUGCGUGUGCAAAAAUGUUUGCUCCCAAAUGGGCACUGAAUGCAUAGGCCAAAGUAGUCAUAAAAUUCACCUCUGCAUGCAAAGAAAGCAGUACUGAAUGCUAUAUUCCAUGGGGUUGCAGCUGAAUAUGCUACAUUUAACAAUAUACCUCUUGUUUAUUAUUUACUGCUACUGUAUAACUUCCUGUAUACAGAUAUUUUCUUCAUUUCCUUUUAUAACUAUGAAUAACAUAAAUGUAGCCGUUCCUUAAUUACAACAGUCUGUAGGAAACCCCUUUUAAUUCUUGUGAGAAAGCAGUUGUAGAUAAUCAGAGGUUUGGACUGUGUGGUCAAAUUUCUUUUCUUUUUUUUUUUUUUUUUUUUUGUGGUGCCAUUCUAAUAUUAUUUUGCAAUUGUAAUUCUGGAAUACUGUGAAGUCUGGUGAAAGGGCACGUUAUCUGCCUUGAAAACAAACAUUAUGUGACCUCUAGUAAUAAAUCCUUUUUUUAGUAAAAGUACCAAGUUUCUGGAGUAACUUAGUUUGUCAGAAUUGUUGUAAAUGAUUGGUUUGUGAAUUGUGCAGAUGAUCUUACCUAUGCAGCCUUGUUUUUGACUUUUUUCUGGUUUGUACUGUUAUUAAAAGUUUAUUGUAUUAUAGAGCUGUUCAGAUAUUUUAAAUAUAAAGAUGUAUUGUUUCCAUAAUAUAGCUAUAUGAUAUAUGUUUAGGUAGUAGAUGCAUUAAUUGGAAAGCUCUGCUUUGAUAAACUGACAAUUUGCCUACAUUAUAAGCAAAAGUCAUAUUGCUUAUUAUCAGCUUAAGUCAACAGAGCAUCCCUAAGAAGAGAAGUUAAAAUUGGACCAAUUAUAAAACAGUAUAAAAUUUGCACUUGUUAAACCACUGGAUGUAUGUUAUUACUUUUUUAUUUUUUUACUGAUUUGAAAUUCCUAUUUUCAUUAUGAAAUUGCUACAAUCCUUAAUUUAUGACUGAUUUUAAAUAAGGUAUUCUCAUGAUUAUUAUUAUUAUUAUUUUGGUAAUCAUAAUGUAAAAUGCAGCAUGGUUGAUGCAAACAAAAAGCAAAUUACUUGGCAUUAAAACUGGCCUCCUUUAUGAGGGUGUUCCACAAACCAGCAAUAUCGUGAGAGAUUGGCAUGUACAUACUGCUAGUUCUACUUGCGAGUGGUGUGACAGCUCUUCAACGCUUCACUGCUCUGACUUAGUCACGUUGCAAAAUUAAAAUUCAUACGUGAAUAUUUUCAGAAAAAAGUGCCUGAUGUACUUCUACAGACACACGAGAACAAUCCCUGACAGUUUGUUGUAUAAAGCCAUAAAUGUAUAUAAAUUAUGUUUAAAAGGU